AUGCAGCAAUGCAGAAGAAGAAGCGAUUCAAACGGAUGGGUGUGCGUGUCGCUGAAAGAUGCCAGUACAGGAAUGCUUGGACCACCGUUCACAUGUCCGCUCCCAGAUGGCGCUGGAUAUCGGGCUGUUUUGUAUAAGGAUGGUGAACCGCUAUUCUGUCAGACACGAAAGAAGGGAAGCUGUCCGAAGGGAUAUGAGUGUAUUCAGUCUAUUGGUCUGUCAACUGAGAAAGGCAACGGUGUGUGCUGCCCGCGCAGAGAAACAGCAUGUGGACAGGAAGUCUGCGAAUCGCCUGAUGGUUGGCUUUUGCGUUGGUAUUUCAACGGUGAAACGUGUGAAGCAUUCCACUGGAAUCCGGAGCUUCAAGCAACCGCCAAUAAUUUUAUCACCAAAGCACAUUGUCAAAAUUAUUGUAUUCGAUAAAA